CUCAUAACCGCGUGUUGAUUGCAAUGUCCACAUUAAUUUUUUCGGCGUACAAUGAAUCAAUAAGGUAAAACUCUCCGGAACAGACAGAAAUCGAGAAAGUGGUACAUAUGCAUAUGCGGGUUAACUCAGUAUCCUACAAACCAUUCAGUAAACGGUACAUUAAAGAUUUACUUGCCACAACAAACUGUGAAAAUGAAGUCUUUUGUCCUCUUGUGUCUAAUUGUGUUAACUAACGAGCAAUUAUGUGCAGCAGCAAAAGACGGCAAGAACAAAGUGUCAACGUCAAAGAACACGACGAGUGCAUCAACUACUAAUCAAGUAGUGGCCACAACGAGCAGUUCGUUACUACCAGGACUUAGAUUACCUUGUUCGUGUGUUGAAGGACAAUGUGGCUGUUGUACGGGAGUCUUAUUAGACCAGUUUAAUCAAAAGGCUUGCUUAAAUGUGUCGUAUGAGCCUGAGGACUUUUCUCUCACCGCCCUAAUGUCUAUGAAUGGCCGCGUACUUUAUAAGAGAACUGUUUCUGGUAAAAACCCUCCACCGAUGUGUUUCCGCCUCCCACGUCUGCAGUUCAUUCGCUUGUGCGUGCAGUUCUCUAAUAUCUACUUCGCAAGUCGUAACGUUCACUUGUGUAUCGACAUGGAGGCGAACUGGGAGGACCUGACGCUGGUGGAAUGGUCAUUUGACUGCGUCCGCAUGGGAGCGGCCGGCGUGGCGGUGGUGGGACCGGAAGACGGGGGCGGCCUUCCUGCGAAUCCCGUGGAUGUCGUCGAUCAAACUGACGAAGAUUACGACGACAGCGCUCGAAACGUGCCUCUAAACCGACACAAAGAUACAAUGAAACUCACGCACUCGAACACACUCGUUUUUGACGAAAGUCUAAGACGUGCUGAUCGCCGGAACUUCGAUAAAGCUCUAAUUAAAAUAAAAAAGUUGCACAACGGAAACGUCCUGCUCGCUUACGGACCAGAAUGACGGACGGUUUCCUGUUUUAGCGAUUUUACCAAUUAUCCAGUUUCCACGCGGGUUUACACUGUCUACAAAAAUUAAAUGGCGAAUCUACAUUAAUGA